AUGGAGGGGAUUCAGUCGGUGGAUAAAAAAGUUCCUGUUGUCAAGGAAUUAUUAUUCACAUCUACCAAAGAGAGCCGGGAGUGCAGCAGGCUCAGUCUGAAAAGGCAACGGUGCCACGAGCUACCAUUGGAAGGAGCUGUCUGCAUCUCUCAGUGCUCUACUGAGCAUGUCCCAAAGGAGCUCUGUGCUGGCAGUACAUUAUGCAAAAAGGCAGCUCGAGCAGCUGGGCGACAGUCGGAGCAAGCCUUUGCUCCACUUGCAUCACUACCGCUUCAAAACAAACCUGGAUUACUCUGGAGGUCCUUGCUGCCAGGCCAGCCGAAUGAAGCCGAGCAGCAUGGCUUGAUUCCUGACGUUGCACGGCUGCUGAGCAACAUGGGGAACCAAGAUGGGAAGCUGAAGAGGAAUGCAGGUGAUGUACAUGAAGGAGGCGAGGAUGCUUCUGGGCCCAGGGAUGCAGAAGGCACAAAGAAGGGAGCAGGGAGCAAAAAGGGGCUGGGGAGGCAUGGCAAAGGGAGCGACUCUGGCAAGAAGAAAGGCAAGUCGGAGUCCAGGGCAUCCGUGUUUUCCAAUCUACGGAUCAGGAAAAACCUCUCCAAGGCUAAGGAUGGAAACAGCAGCUCGAGAGAGGAUGUUUUAGACAGCCAGGCCUCGCAAACAGGGGAGCUAGACAGCGCUCAUUCGAUUCUCACCAAAACUCCUGAUAUAAGCAUUUCUGCGGAUGAAGGAGGUCUCUCGGACACAGAUGUGGAACAUUUUGAAAAUACAAAUGAAACUCGCCCAGCUGCUGCUGAGCCGCAGGACGGACAAAGGACCAGCUCCGGCUCGGAUACGGAUAUAUACAGUUUCCAUUCAGCCACAGAACAAGAGGAUUUGCUUUCUGAUAUCCAGCAGGCUAUUAGACUGCAACUGCAGCAGCAGCAGGGGGCAAUUAACAUUGGAACUGAGCAGCAUGGCACCAAAACAAUGGACCUACACAUGGCUAAUUCCCAAGCAACCCCCUUAGAUUUUGAAAGGUUUCUUUCACUGAGCAGCGACAAAGACAGCAGUCCAGAUACUGAAUUGCCUGUCUCGGCUAAAUCGGAAAUUACCAAAUAUAUCCCUGCCCGUGAUACCGAAAGUGAAGCAAAAGAAGCGACAAAUGGAAUGGGGUAUUCCUGCAGCAGUGUGUUUGAUACACAAGAAGAACAUAGGCAGUUGCGAGAGGAGCAAGAACAGCCUCCUGGGGAACGGAAGGAUUUAUUCCCCUUAAAUGCUGCAGUGACAGAAAAUGGGACUCUGUUAGGCAGUUCUGUGUUUAAUUUUCCAUCCCCAGCUGGAGAUUCAGAAACUGAAGUAAUAGCUAUUGAAUCUGCAGGUUCAGAAAGAGAGGAGGAUAUUGCAGAUGCAGGCCCUGAUCAGGUUGUUGGAGCCAAAGAAAGGAAAUGGGGUCUGUCAGCCAGCAGAGAGGCAUUGGAUAAUGGGUUUUCUGCAGAAAUGAAAAAUGGUGCCCUUUCUUCAGAGGAUGUCUCAAGCAGUCCUGUGCAUAGUUCCAAAUGUUUUAAGCCCUACCCUCUCAUCAACCCAUGCUACAUCAAAACCACCACUAGGCAGCUGAGUUCUCCAAACCACUCACCUUGUCUAUCCCCCUCUCAGAGCCCACUCUUUAAACGGAGGCGUGAGUCCUCCCGGCGGAAAGAGAGCGCACCAACCAAGAAGCAGAGGUCGACCAGUUUGGCUGGUUCAUAUAGCCGAUCAGCGGACUGGACAGAUGAGAUUUCGGGUCAUAGAGGAGAAAUAGCUCAAAAGUCGGGCUCUGCAGAUUUCUUGGAGUACAGACGGAGUCGAGAUGGUUUUGAAGGAGAAAGAGUGCCUUUCAAUCACUUGAGAAAGUCCUCAGGGAUAUCAGCUUCUACUGACGCCUUCCCCAAUGUUUUUAGAGGUCGAACUCUGCUGGAAAAGCUGUCCAGCCAGCAGGAGAAUGCACCACAAGAAGAAGCUGAGAAGCUUUGUUCUUGGAUCAUUGCCAUGGGUCUUCUGCUCCCCUUCAGUGAUUGCUUCAGAGAGCCAUGUAGUCAGAGUGCACCACAAAGUGCACCCACUUUUGAUCAAGAUCAGCUUUACACUUGGGCUGCAGUCAACCAACCCACGCAUUCAUCUGAUUACAUUGAAGGAAGGUUUCCGAGGAGAAUUCCGUCAGUGUGGCCACCACCGAAACCUCCAGAUGAAGAACAGAGAGUGAAACACACAGAAAAAGAAGAUGGACAAGAAUGGGAAGCUGCUGCUGUUACAACAAAGACAGAGCAUACAGAGGAUGUUUGGCAGGUACAGGAGGAUGUUGCAAUGAAAUCAGAAGAGCGGGCGAGUGAAAUUCAGCGUCUUGAGCAGACCAUACAAGAUCUGAAAAUAAAAAUUGCUGAGUUAGAAAAACAAUUUCCAGCAGCAGAGGUACUGGUUUCUAGUAGAAAUGAAUGGAAUGAGAGUAGGCUGCCACCUUGUGAAGGACUCCCUAAUGCAGCUCUUCAAGGACACGAGUCACAUGCCCUACCUAAAACUAUAACUGCAAAAUCUGUACAGACUUCGCCAACAGAUGAUUGUUUAAUGCACACAAUGCCUUCAGCCAACACACUGCCACAAGCACCUCCCCACUUGAAAGGGGAUCUAAGUCAAGGGCCAACUCAGCCGUUGCCAACACUUGAGCCACAACCCACCUUUUGCUCUGAGAUAUCCUUAGUUCUAUCACCAAAACGGAUUUCUGUACAGUUGGACGCUGCCCAAGAAACACAAACUAUGUUACAGCCUUCAGGACCUGAUCCUAAGUUGCCAUCAUCUUUAUUUCAAGAGGAAUCAGUAUCAUCAACUCCUCAUCUAAGUACUGAGACUACUGCUUACAGUGAACAUUCCCCUUCCUUAUCCUCUGGCCCCGUUUCUGGCUUCCCCUCUGGACUGUCUGGCACAGGAAUGACUUCUUCCCUGCCUGGAGCAGGAGGCCUGUUUUUAACUUCAUCCUCAUCUAGUUCAGGUGUACUGCCUCCACCAUCCCUGCCUGCCUCAGGGCAUUCCCUGUCUUCUCCUGGCACAGUGCCACCUCCUCCCCCACCAUUGCCUUGUGAAGGGAUUCCUCCUCCACCACCUCUGCCUGGAAUGGACGUGCCACCACCAGCCCCUUUGUCUUUUGCAAGCAUCCCUCCUCCGCCUCCUUUGCCGGGAGCUGGAAUGCCUACAGUUAUCCCACCACCACCACCUCUUCCUGGAAUGGGAGUGCCACCCGCUCCACCUUUGCCAGGGGCAGCUAUUCCUCCUGCACCACCUCUGCCUGGCAUGAGUAUUCCACCCUUUCCCCCACCGCUUCCUGGAAAGGAAAUGCCACCCGCUCCCCCGCCUUUGCCAGACACGGACGUGCUGCCACCUCCUCCUUUGCCAUCAGGAGCAGCUGUUUUGCCAGGCAUUGUGGCACCUCCACCUCCACCUCCUCUACCAGGCAUGGGAGUGCCACCGCCUCCACCUUUGCUGGGAAUGGGGGUGCCUUCCCUUCCACCACCUCUACCAGGACUAGUAGUGCCGCCCCCUCCCCCUCCUCCCCCUUUGCCAGGCAUGGGUGUGCCACCUCCUCCCCCACCUUUGCCAGGCAUGGGUGUGCCACCUCCUCCCCCACCUUUGCCAGGCAUGGGUGUGCCACCUCCACCUCCCCCUUUGCCAGGCAUGGGUGUGCCACCUCCCCCUCCCCCUUUGCCAGGCAUGGGUGUACCACCUCCUCCCCCACCUUUGCCUGGUGCAGGAGCUCCCCCCGCUCCUCCUCCUUUGCCUGGUAUGGGUGUACCACCUCCUCUACCGGUUCCACAAGUUCCCGGGUUUCUGCCCCCUCCCUUACCAGCUGGUUUAUUUGUAAUGGGGAUGAACCAGGACAAAGGUAGCAGGAAACAUGCAAUAGAACCUUCUCGACCAAUGAAGCCUCUUUAUUGGACAAGAAUUCAACUUCAUAAUAAAAGAGAUUCUAGUGCUUCACUUGUGUGGGAAAAAAUUGAAGAGCCUUCCAUAGAUUAUCAUGAAUUUGAAGAACUGUUUUCUAAAACAGCUGUUAAAGAGCGGAAGAAACCCAUUUCGGACACCAUCACAAAGACAAAAAGCAAACAAGUUGUCAAGCUAUUAAGCAACAAAAGAUCACAAGCAGUUGGGAUAUUAAUGUCCAGUCUUCAUUUAGAUAUGAAGGACAUACAGCACGCUGUUGUGAACUUGGACAACUCUGUAGUUGACUUAGAGACUCUUCAAGCCCUUUAUGAGAAUAGAGCACAAUCGGAUGAACUGGAAAAGAUAGAAAAACAUGGGAAGUCAAGUAAAGAAAAAGAGAACGCCAAAUCUUUGGACAAACCUGAACAGUUCCUUUAUGAGCUCUCCUUAAUUCCCAACUUCUCAGAACGAGUCUUUUGUAUCCUGUUCCAGUCAACAUUUUCUGAAAGCAUUUCCUCUAUCCAUAGUAAACUUGAAUUGUUACAGAAACUGUGUGAGACACUGAAAAGUGGCUCAGGAGUUAUGCGGGUUUUAGGAUUGGUCCUUGCUUUUGGAAAUUACAUGAAUGGUGGAAACAGGACAAGAGGACAGGCGGAUGGCUUUGGGUUAGACAUACUUCCCAAACUGAAAGAUGUCAAGAGCAGUGACAACAGCAGGAGCCUUCUAUCAUAUAUUGUCUCGUAUUAUUUGCGAAAUUUUGAUGAGGAUGCUGGAAAAGAGCAAUGUAUCUUCCCUCUCCCCGAGCCUCAAGACCUUUUUCAAGCUUCUCAGUUGAAAUUUGAAGAGUUCCAAAAGGAUCUUCGCAAACUUAAAAAAGACUUGCGAGCAUGUGAGACAGAAGCAGGCAAGGUUUGCCAGUUUUCAUUAGAGGAACACAUCCAGCCAUUUAAAGACAACAUGGAGAAAUUCAUUAGUCAAGCUAAAACUGACCAUGAAUUGGAAGAGAUAUCCCUGGCAGAGACACAUAAAAGCUUUUUGGAGACUGCAGCAUAUUUCUGUAUGAAACCAAAAAUGGGUGAGAAGGAGGUGUCCCUAAAUGCUUUCUUCAGUAUUUGGCAUGAAUUCAGUACUGAUUUUAAAGAGUUCUGGAAGAAGGAAAAUAAGCUUAUUUUGCAAGAAAGGCUUAAAGAGGCUGAGGAAGUAUGUCGACAGAAAAAGGGAAAAUCACUUUACAAUAUAAAACAAAAGCACGAUUCUGGAAUUAAAGCAAAGAUAAGUAUGAAAAUAUGAAAGAAGAAAGGCACACGUCAUUGUCCACCUCUUCAAUAAACUCAAUAUGUCUGUAGGGAAAAUAAGGAAACUACAUCACACAGCCCAUUUGUUUUCUAGACUUUUUUUGCAUUUGUUUUCUGUUUUCACUGACUGGUAUCUACCAAGCAUACAUUGAUAAAUGGAUUUACUGUAUGGCGUACCCAACAAAUUAUGGAUUUGAGAUAUGCCUCUUACAUGAA